UAAAUUUAAGUGAAAAACAGAAUAACUGAAAUUAGGGAAAACCCAUUAUAACUAUUGGAGAGAAAGCAAAUCAAUUAAUUAAUCAGUUACAAUUUAGUUGAAAAUCGGUAAAUUAACAUUGAUGAUUAACUAAUGAAAUUAUCGAAAUGAAAAAUUCCCAACAAUCAGCUGAUUAAAAGUUUCGAAAACAAAAAAAAAAGUAAAUCGAUUAUAAUUAUAAACGAAAUUGAUUCUGGAAGAUUUUAUACCAACGUUAAUUGUUCAACGAUCGAGUUAACUGUUUACCAAUUGUUUUCUAAUUUAAUUCUGUUGGUUGUUCUGUUUCAAAUCCAGAGAAUUGGUUAAAGGAAGAUAAAGAAAGAGAAGAGAAGAUGAUAAAAGAAAGAGAAGAAAGAUAAAGAUGAUAAGAGUCUUUCUUUUUUAAUCACCUUUUUCUUUCUUCACUCCUCCUUCACCGGAGAUUGAAGGAAAAGCGUUUCUUUUAUAACAAACGAAGAAAGAGAAGAAAAAGAAAGAGAAGAAAGAAGAUAAAGAAGAUAAAGAAAGACUGCCAAUCAUCGGAUAGAUUUGAGUCUCUGUCACCGCCUUUAAGGAGCACUGAUGAUGAUCAGGAUGGUUACAUGAUGAUGAUCAACAAUCAACAGAUUAUUUCAAUGUUUGUGGAUUGUCAAAACAGUUCAUCACCAUCAUUUUCACCUUCAUCAAUAAACAACGAAACUAAAUCAACAAUUAGCAAGAAAAUUGAACAUUCAAAUCAAUUGAAAAUGAGCUCAAUUGAUCAACAAGAAGACAAUCAUCAUAAUCAUCAUCAUCAUUUGCAUCAUCAAGAGACAAUAACAAUCAACAAAGAGGAUAAACAGAAACAUCAUCAUCAUCAUCAUCGAAAUCAUCUAAUCCAUUCCGAUCAAUUAUCACAUAAUAAUCAUCACAAUCAUCACAAUCACAAUCACCAUCAUCAUCAUCAUCAUCAUCAUAAUCGAAAUAUGGAUUUAGUGUUUGAUAAUUUAAUUCUUUACGAACCAAUUAAAGUGACUUCAAGUAAAUCGUCAAUUUUUUGUUGCAAAUCGACAAUUAAUCAACAAUCAACUUCAUCAUCUUCAUCCCCAUCACAACAACAACAACAUAAGAGUAUAAUCAAUCCUGUUGAUGAUAAUAUUACAAUUACUGUUAAUUGUAAUGAUGAAAGUGAUAAUAAUAUUAAGUGUUCACCCUCAUCACAAUCAGUUAAUUGUAGACGUAUAUUGGACAAUAUUAGUGGCUAUGCUAAGCCAGGUCAAGUGCUUGGGAUUAUGGGUCCAUCAGGAUCAGGUAAAUCAAGUUUAUUAAAUGUAUUAUCUGGAAGAUUAAAGUCUAAUCAAGGUUGUAUCACUUUGGGUGGUGAGAUGAUUAAUAAACGGAUUAAGAGGAGGAUUAACUAUGUCCUUCAACAUGACAUUUUCCUGUCUGAUUUAACACUCAAACAAACUCUUACGUACACCGCUUUACUCCGUUUACCUGAAUCAAUGAGCUAUUUGCAAAAGAUGAAGCAAGUGGACAAUAUAAUUAACCUUCUUGACCUCGGUCAGUGCGAAAACACAAUAAUCGGUGACACUUUACAUCGAGGAUUAUCUGGAGGUGAAAAGAAACGAGCUAACAUUGCAUGUGAAUUAUUAUCAAAUCCAAGUGUGAUGCUAUUAGAUGAACCGACAUCUGGCUUGGAUUCGAGCACUGCCUUAGGAAUAAUGAAAUUUUUAAAAGACUACGCAAUUAAAGAGCGUAAAAUUGUAAUCACCAGUAUUCAUCAACCAUCAUCGCAGAUAUUUUAUCUAUUAGAUAAAUUGUUAUUACUUUCCAAUGGCCAUUUAGCUUAUUUUGGUGAAACCCAUUCGGUGAUACCCUUUUUCUCAUCCAUUGGAUUUGAAAUUACACCAAAUUAUAAUCCAGCCGAUUUUAUGAUGGAAAAGAUUAGGGGAAGCUCGAAAGAUGAAGAGAAAAUUAUAUCAGCUGCUCGACAAUUAAAUAAAUUACCGAUAACCCAACGAUCAAGGCUACCAUCACUUUCAUCUUCAUCAUCACCAUCAUCUCAUAGGAAUAAAUCAGCUUCCUCAAUUGAUCGCCAUCAAAAUGAUUGUGAAAAUCAUUUACAAUCUGAAAAUCAACAUAAUAAUCAUAAUCAUAAUCAUCAUCGUCAUCGAGCUGAUUCUCAUUCCAAUCAUCAUGGGUCACAAUGUGAUGAAGAUGAUAUUGAUAAUCAGGAACAAGUGACAACAUUUAAUAGUGAGUACCAUCCAGUGAAUGAUCAUGAUCGGACUGAUGGAGAUGUUGAUGAAGCAAACCCUCUUUGGCCUGACGGAAGAGAUUCAACUGAAGUAAAUGAUCCCUCUAAACCUCCGGGGUCAACUGAAUUAAGAGUAUUAAUUGAUCCUUGUUGUAAAAAGUUGGCCAAGAUUUACACCAAAAUCGUUAAUGAUGAUGACUCCGGGCGAUCCAGUUGGACCGAGACUGAUCGCUCAUCGACGGCAACCUUUUCUUCCUCCUCAUUAACCGCCUCAACUGAGGAAAUGUAUUACACAGGAAGUGGGUUAAGUCCAUCAUCACGUUACUCAUCAAAUGGUCGACUAACAGGUAAUGAAACUUACGCUAAAUGGCCCACCUCAUUUUGGACUCAAUGUAAAGUAUUAACACAGCGAAAUUUUCACGAAUCAAGAGGUCGAAUGCUUUCCAAAUUAAAUUGGAUACAAGCAAUUGUACUUGGUAUAAUUACUGGUUUAAUUUGGUUUCAAAUACCUCGACAAGAAUCAUCUAUUAACGAUAUUAGAGGUUGGAUGUUUUUCGCCACCUCAUAUUGGAUGCUUUUCGCUCUAUUUGGAACGCUUGUUUCACUUCCACCAGAGAAAGCGGUAGUUAAUAAGGAGAGAGCUUCCGGUUGUUAUCGUUUAUCCGCUUAUUAUAUUGCCAAAUUACUUGGAGAGUUACCAUCAACGAUAACUUUACCAACAGCCUUUUACCUUAUAUCUUAUCCAAUGUUUAGCUUUUACUCCAUCACCACAUUCAUUAUCCAAUGGUUUUUUUUCAUACUCAAUUCUGUUGUCGCUCAAACUAUUGGAUUUGUAAUUGGGGUGACAACAGAUAAUCUUGAAAUUGGAAUGACAAUAUCAGCUCUGUACUCCAUGUCUACCAAUCUGCUUGGAGGAUUUUACUCAUCCCUUAUACCAUCAUGGUUAACUUGGGCUAAAUACUUUUCCAUUGUUCACUAUGCAUUCCAAAAUAUGCAAAUUAUCGAGCUCACCUAUGGACCAACGAUAAAAUGUUCACCGAGUCUUUCUAAAUUUCCAAGCUGCUUGAGACAAAAUGAUACCAUGAAAAUGAAUGAAAGUGAACUGUUCAUAUCGAAAGAUGAAUUGUUAACCGAUUUAGAAACAAUCGGAGGAACAACUGGAUUAACGGCAAUUUGGUUAAACACUUCAAUCUUAAUUGCUUUCAUUAUAAUUUUCCAAAUUUUCGGUUAUAUAACUUUAAGAUAUUUUCGUAAACACAAAUAAUUGAUCAUCGAACAAACAAAAAAAAAGAAACUCUCAUCAUCUUAAUCAAUCCAUCUCAUUUUUGCUUGUGUUCAUCAUUACCAUUCAUCAUCAUCACUCAUUAUAUUUUAUGACCAACAAUUAGUUAAUCACAACCCAUUAACUUAUCAACAAUAAGCUCCUAGAAAAAAAACAAAAUUGUCUCUUGUCCUUAAUUUUUGUUGUGAUUUAAAAACAAAAUACACAAACUUAAUCAUUCAUGACCAUUAAAAUUAAAUUGGUUAAUCCCAUUGGAUA